UUAUUAUUUGGGAUUUUGAGUGAUCUUUCUUUUAUUGUAAUAUAUCCAACUAUUUUGAAUCAUCACCACACCACGUGACAAGCCUUAAGACAAAAGGAGAAAAGAUGAAAGAGGAGAUAGGGUAUUUAUGUGGUGGUUGGGGUCCUGUCAGAGACAUUAAGGACCCUCACGUUGAGUUCAUCGCCAAGUUUGCCAUCUCCGAGCACAACAAACAGAACAACUCGGGACUCAGGUUUCAGAAGAAGGUUGUUUCCGGCGACAUGCAGCCCGUCAGCGGCAUGAAUUACCGGUUGGUGUUCGAUGUUAGUGAUGGAGACGACGGAGGUAGCAAGACCUACGAAGCACAGGUAUACCAGGCUUGUCUCGAUUGCAGGGCGCUUGCUUACUUUAAACCCGUCAAUUAAUCAAUGCUUGCCCUCACGAUUCUUACUUACAAUCAUUGUCUGGUGCUUAUUAUAAUAGCAAGAACAAUA